AUGGUUGAGCUGACAACGCAAGAGCGGCUGACAUUGUCCAUCGACAACGACACAUCACCCGAAAAGUCCUUUGGCAUGUCGAUCAACGCGAUGAGGCUUGUGUGCAAUAUUGUGCCUUCGGGCCUUGCCUACGAGGCUGGCGUGCGCAUGGGUGACGUGCUCCUCGCUUUCAACGACCAGCAAGUCCAGAGCGAGGAGUUUCUUUUUGAGCAGAUGCGUCACACGCUGCGCGCGCGCUUCUUCCCGUCAGGCGUCACGCACGCGGGCUACAAGGAGAUUUAG